AUGUUGAAAGUUUACUUACUCUUCGUUAUUGCUUUAGUUCUUGUCGCUCUCAGCCCGGUAUUUACUCAGCCUUUGAAUAAACGUGCAUUUUUUAAAUUCUGGCAUCAGCUAAUUUUGGCAUCUGUUGGUCAAUUGUCGUGA